AUGGCCAAACUCACAUCCAAGAAAAGCGACACGCACUCGAAUAAGCGAGCUCGCAUUGAAGUCUCAAAAGCAGCGAAGAGAGAUGCUCCGACUUCUCGCCCUCAAGCUGAACAAAUAAUUACUGUUGAGGCAACCUCGAAACCUCAGAAACCUUCCAAGUCAAAGGGAAAGGAGAAGGCAGCAGACUCUAUAACUGAUGGAGGAUCUCUAGCCGAUGAAUCUACUACUCCACCAAGAACAUUCAAAAUCGUCGCUGGCUCGUACGAGAAGUUGCUCUACGGUUUGGAGGGUUCUACUACGGUCUCUGAUGGUGAAUUUGGUUACGAAAUUCACAUAAAACCGAUAUUCGCGUUCCCCGCCCACGUAUCAUGCAUAAAAGCUGUUGCAGCAUCCCCCAACGGUGGCAAAUGGUUGGCCACAGGAAGCACGGAUGAAAUAAUAAAAGUCUGGGAUCUAAGGAGGAAGAAAGAAAUCGGAGGAUUGAUGCACCAUGAAGGGUCGAUAACGCAUCUGAAUUUCCCUUCACGAUCACAUCUAUUAUCUGCGUCUGAGGAUGGAACACUAUGUCUAUUUCGAGCGCGCGACUGGACAGUCCUUCGGUCGUUAAAAGGUCACAAGGGGAGAGUUAAUUCAGUCGCAGUCCAUCCUUCCGGCAAAGUUGCCCUCAGUGUUGGUAAAGACAGAAUGCUACGGAUGUGGGAUUUGAUGAGAGGAAGGGGAUCUGCUAGUACAAAACUCGGGAAAGAGGGAGAACUUGUCAGAUGGUCAAUUGAUGGGUCGCUAUUCGUCGUGCAAGCUCAGUCGACGAUAGAUAUCUACGAUACGACAAUGUCCUUGAUCCGCACUAUAAAUCACCCGUCGCGACUGCACGAUGUUCGCUUUUGUAAACGAAUUAACGGGGAAGGCGAGGUCCUGCUUGCCUGUGCUGAGGACAAAAAGACCUCGAUCUACGAAGUAACAAAAAACGACGUUCCCUCAAGGAUAGUGGGGAUCAUGACUGGACAUACCAAUCGUGUUAAAGCAGUCGAUACCUUGGCCAUAUCCUUGCCUGGAUCGACGCCGAGCGGUAGAUUAACUACCACGAUUGUCACUACAGUAUCUUCAGAUGGCAAUGUUCACGUAUACGAUAUGGCCGCCCUCCCCUUGGACUCGACUUCCAAGGAGGUUUUGGAAAUCAAACCAGCGGCAUCAUACAGCACCAAGGGCACCCGACUUACGUGCGUAACACUCGCAGACGGAGAAGUCUUGACAAGUGCAGUUGACUUGGCCAAGAAGCGCAAGCAUGAUGAAGAAGUUGAAAGUGAUGACAGUGAAAAUGACGAUGAGUGGGCUGUGGAGGAGGAGGAGGAGGAGGAGGAGGAGGAGGAGGAGGAGAGAGAGGAGGACUGA